UACUUUGGCCAUUCUGGGACUCGAUAAUGCGGGGAAAACUGCAACACUCCGAAGCAUUCAAGGAGAAAACCCAGAAGAUGUAUGGCCUACUGUGGGAUUGUCUCCUGUGGACCUGAAACAAGGACAGUAUGAUGUGUCCAUCUUUGACCUCGGUGGUGGAGAGCAUAUUCGUGACAUGUGGAAUCGCUACUUCUCCGAGUGUCAUGGUGUGAUGUUUGUGGUGGACUCCAGUGAUGUCCAGCGCAUGAGUGAAACCAGGUUUAUGCUGGCCAAGGUUCUAAGACACCCCCUCAUCGCGGGGAAGCCAGUUCUUUUGUGUCGUAUUCUGCUGUGAUGUCCAUUGGGAAGAAGGCCAUUCAGGGUAGACUGGAGUGGCUUCUGAAGACUGUGGGCAUAGGCUAUAACAUCAUCAAUGAGCGUGUGCAGAAGGACACGGCUGAGCAGAGGGAGCAGGAGGACAAGUACAGGAAAGAGCGGGCGGAAAGGGUGCGCAAGAUUCGAGAGGAGAGGGAAAGGAGAGAGCAGGAGGAGGCUGAGCAGGAGGAGGCUGAGGGUAAGACUGCAGAGCUGGACCAGGGGGAGAAGAGCAUCAUGGGCAACCCUGUCCAGUCAUUCGGAGACAUCAUCCCAGAGGUGAGAAAACAGCUGGUUAUAAUGACCUACACUAAGAGAUCAGGGAUGAGAAGACUGAACACAACUCUGCUGAAUACACAAUGAAACAGGGAAAGAUAUAGGCUACCAUGAUCUGACCAGAAGACUAUACAAUUCACAAUCAGACUGGAAAGAGUUGGAAUACCUGUGUUCGAAUAUGUGGAGGAAGAAUAGAGUGGCACCACUGACACCAGAUGGCCCCGCUAAAACGCGCGGCUGUCUCAAGAGCUGGUUUGGCUGGUUCAAACGCAAUGUGGUGACGCCACAGUGAUGGGGCUCCUCCCUCAAGCCCACUGCAUAAGAUGACCCUGUGCAAG